AUGAACCAAGCAUCCCUUAGCAGGAAGCGCGCUCCAAUGCGAGCAAUGAUUACAAAGACUAUUAAGGAAAUUGAAUUGGCGCUAGAUACCAGAGAUCAGACGACCUUUGAGACAAAGAUUCAUUGGUUGAAAAUGAAAGGUGAAGAAUUAGCGAAAAUGGAUGAAGAAAUGAUGAAUAUUCUUGCCGAGUCGAAUGAUUCGGAAGAAGUCCUAAUAUCAGAAGCCGAAGGCGCGCAGCACUACCAAGAAGAAAUAUACCGCUGCACUUUAUUGAAUACGAGUUGUGAAAUUACAUCCGCUGGUGUUACUGUAUCGAAUAGACCGGAAGUAGGUAGAAUUAAGUUACCUAAGCUAGAUUUACGAGUUUUUAAUGGAGAAUUAGAGGAGUGGCUCGGCUGGGGGGCUCACUUUGAAAAGAUCGACAAAGCUUCUUUGGACGACGCAGAGAAAUUUCAAUAUCUGGUGCAGGCUCUGGCAGGACCUGCGAAAGAAUUAGUUUUAGGAUUCCCGCCAACGUCUGAAAAUUAUCCUAAGGCUUUGAAUUCCCUAAAAGAACGUUACGGAAACCAAGAUUUAUUAGGCGAAUUGUAUACGAGAGAUUUAUUGCAGCUUUGCAUACGACAGUCGAAAUCUAGACAGGAUAUUCUUCAAAUUCAUGAUAAGGUUGAGACAGCAUUACGUUCUCUAGAAAGUUUGCAAAUUAAUAUGAAAGAUUGUGCUCCUAUAAUUACCCCAUUAGUUGAAUCUACUCUUCCUGAGGAAACGCUCAAAGCAUUUCGACGCGCAUUACCUGUUGAGAAGCAAUCAUCUAAAGAUCGACUAACAUUUUUACUGCAAUUCCUGAAAAAAGAAAUUGAUACAGAGCAGAGGGUAAAAUUAGCUUCUAGAUGUUUUGACCCUUUUCCGACACGAACGCGUACAGCUCAAGUACUACAUACUAAAGAAAGAACCUUUGAAAAUAUUUGUAUUUUUUGUGAAAUACCCGGACAUAAAGGAAAAAACUGCAGGAAGGCGCUUAGGAUGAAAAUAGACGAUAAGAAGGCUAUUUUAUUGAAGAAGGGAGCAUGCUUUAUAUGUACCGAAAAAGGACAUACCCUCAAAGAUUGUAAAAUGAAUGAAAACUGCCCUGUUUGUCAGAAGAGACAUGUUUUACCUAUGUGUCCUGUAAACCGUUUCUAUUCGACUGGAAGAGGAGUUCCACAAGAAGAAAAUAAGAGUGAAGUACAACCGAAUCCUGAAAAAUUCGAAAAUAAGGAAACAUCUUCAAACUCGGUAGUUAUGUCAGUUGCUACGAUUUUGCCAACAAUUUUAGUUCCAAUUAGAGGAAGAUGGGGACAAGUCCGCAAAGUACAAGCCCUUGUAGAUUCGGGAUCUCAGAGAUCAUAUAUAAUUAGUAGAGUCGCGACAAAAUUGCAAUUGCCUAUUAUUGGAACUGAAAAAGUAGCAUUUGCCCUCUUCAGUGGAGUAACAUCAAAAGAACAAGAACUGAAUUGCUAUAGAAUUACAGCUCAAUCAAGAGACACUAUUUUAGAAAUGGAAGUAUUAGGAACAGAUCGAAUAACCAACUAUACCACGCAGGUUAAUGUUAAAAUUGAAGGAAAAGAAACAGAAAUUAGAGCUAGUAGCGGUCCAAUAGAAAUGUUGAUAGGAGCUGAUUAUUUCGGUUCUCUACUGACUGGAAACCGACGAGUUUUAGAUAAAAAUCUCACGGCAUUUGAAACUUUAUUUGGUUGGACUGUGUUAGGAACACCCUCUGCACUUAGAACCUUCUCAACGUGUGUUGCGAUAAAUCACAUAGAAGAAAUACACGACCUUGAAACUAAAUUCUGGGAAUUGGAACUUCUUGGUAUUAAAGAUGAUGCAAUACAAUGUGAUAAAAAAGAAGAGAUCAUGAGAAAUUUUUAUGAGAAUUUCAAGUACGAAAAUAAACGCUAUACUGUUUCGUUACCUUGGAAAAAUGAAGUUCGUCCUCCGCCCAAUAGAGCUCUAGCUGAAAGGCGAUUAAGAAGUGUAUCCAGUAGGAUGACUCCUGAAUUAUAUACCGAAUACGAUGCAGUUUUGAAAGAUUGGAUACUGACUGGUAUUUUAGAGGAAGCUGAAGAUAACGAUAAAGGACACUAUCUUCCGCACCGAGUUGUCGUACGUGAACAAAGUAACACAACCCGAGUGAGACCUGUUUUCGAUGCAUCCGCGAAAAGCGGGUUUUUGCCUUCGUUGAAUGAUACCCUCUCUGAAUGCAUAAAUUUUAUUGAAUUAUUGCCAAUAAUUCUCUUAAGAUUUAGAGAAAAUUUAAUCGGUUGUUGUGCCGAUAUUGAAAAGGCUUUUCUUAGAAUUAACGUGGAGGAAAAGGAUCGCGAUUUUUUGAAAAUACUUUGGUGGAACGAGGAAGGAGAGAUCAUUUCAUUAAGACAUACCAGAGUUGUAUUCGGCCUAAAACCGAGUCCAUUUUUGUUAUGUGCAGUAAUCAAGACUCAUUUGAAUAAAUUGAAAGACAGCAAUUUCAAAUUUCCUUGGGUAAUUGAAAAGAUGAGUAAUUCGUUUUACAUGGACGAUCUAGUCUGCAGUGUGAAUUCUAAGGAAGAGUUAGAUGAAUUUUUAAUUCAAGCUAAAAAUGUUAUGGAGUCUGCUUCGAUGAUUUUGAGAAAAUGGAAAUUUAGCGGUUGCGAUACACAUGACGUGACAGUUUUAGGAAUCCUCUGGUCUACGGACACCGACGAAUUAGGAUUAAACAUUGAUUGGUGGGAAGAAGAAAAGUUGCAGAAGCGGGACACCAAGCGUCGUAUUUUAAGUUUGAUUCACAAGCUAUUUGAUCCUAUUGGCAUAGUAUCGCCUGUGUCAAUAGUUCCUAGAAUUUUUAUGCAGAAGAUUUGGAAGAAUAAAAUAGAUUGGGAUACCCCAAUCAAUGAAGAAGAUCGAAAAGAAGUUGCAGAUUGGUGUAAAGAUAUUCAUUUGUUGAAGAAGGUUAAAAUUCCACGAUUACUAGGUAAUGUAGAAACGAUUAAAGGUGUUCAUGUCUUUUGUGAUGCCAGUAAGGCUGCUUAUGCCUGCGUUAUACUUGUAGUAAUCGAAGAUGAUGAUAGGAAAAUUGAUGUUCGUUUUGUUACCAGCAAAGCUAGGGUAGCUCCGAAAAAUGUAACAAUUCCAAGAUUGGAACUGAUGGCCGUUUUAAUCGGUGUAAGAUUGUUAAAAUCAGUCUUAGAUUCAAUGUCUUGGAAGGACAAACCUGUAUUCCUGUGGUCCGAUUCAACUACAGUCAUACAAUGGAUAAAGCGAAAUGAAGCGUGGUCAAUUUUUGUAAAGAACCGAGUCACAGAAAUUCGCAGAAAUUUGGCACCCCAUGUAACUAUAAGGCACGUACCUGGGGCUAAUAACCCGGCAGAUUUACCAUCGCGUGGAUGUAGUACUAAGAAAAUUUAUAGCGAUAGAGGAACGAAUUUUGUUGGCGCAGCUAAUCUACUUGAAUUAAUUAACUGGGAAAAGGUAAACAAAUUUGCUACAAGUGAACGAAUUGAUUGGAAAUUCAAUGUGCCCAGUGCCCCUUGGUGGGGAGGUUGGUGGGAGCGUUUAGUAGGACUUCUUAAAAAUAUUAUGAGGCGUGUAUUAGGACAAGCCAGCUUACAUUACCAAGAACUUUACACAAUCUUGUGUGAAUGUGAAAGCAUUAUGAAUAAUCGUCCUUUAACUUACUUAGAUGAAGGUGGUGAAGUAGCCCCGUUGACCCCAGCUAUGUUUUUAAGAGAUCUUAUAGAAGAUGGUAUGCCUGAAGUUCGAAGUGAAAGAGAUGAUUUAACCAGACGAGCAUUAUACCUUGCAAUGCUCCGGAGAGACCUGAGAAAACGUUUUCGAAAUGAAUAUUUAGGUUUUCUUCGAGCUCCUCGUCAUAAGAGUGACUCCCGCUCCUUGAUGAUUGGCGAUAUAGUUCUAAUUGGAGACGACAAUACCAGACCUUUGGAUUUUCCCCUUGCGGUGGUAGAAGAAAUGGUUCCUGGUAUAGAUGGAGUUGAACGAAUGGUUCGGCUACGCACAGAGAAGGGAAAGAUAUGUCGUCCGAUUCAGCGGCUCUACCCACUAGAGAUUCGUAGUUCUAUUGGUAAACUGAAGGAAAAUGCUGAAGUGGAAACUACCGUUCCACCUAUUGACAUGGUGGACUUGAAGGAUGACAGUCAAGAAGAUUAUGCAUCGGAAAAUACAGAUGUUAUUGAUCGAAGAGGACGGGUUAUACGUAGACCAAGUCGUUACCUUUGA